CUCCAGUCUGGUCAGUGUACAUAUAUAUCAACACAUGAUCUUGUAUUUAUAUCUGAACAAGUGGCCAGAGGUAUGUACCAUUUAACUAGAAAAGGACAAGUACAUAAAGACCUGGCAUGUAGGAAUAUAUAUAUUCAUGAGAAUCUACAUGUAAAGAUUGGUGACAGAGGGUUAAGUUGGGAUUUUUAUCCAGAAGAUUAUAAUACAAUAGAAGAGAGAGGAGGAGGGGGAGAUGAGACCAUUGCUUAUCCUGUCAAGUGGAUGGCAGCUGAAGUUUUGUCUGAUAAAAGAUACUCUUCAUCUUCUGAUGUGUGGUCAUUUGGUGUUGUACUGUGGGAGAUAAUGACAAGAGGAAAGACUCCUUAUGAAGAUGUACUACCUGAAAAUAUGUUAAACUAUUUAACUACUGGCCACAGACUCCCCCAACCUAAAAACUGUCCUGAUGAUCUGUAAGAUAUUAAAUAAACACACACACACA